AUGGCUUCAUCGGAUCAAGAAACCCAGGGGCGGAGCUCUCGGAUGCAGAUGGAUCCCGUCGCCGACACCGCCGCCCUCUUGCGGUUCUUGCAGGCGAGGCACUCACUCGACAAAAAGCGGCAGAGGACGACAAGCAUCGACGACGCGGCGGCGUCGCUGUGGGUGUUCAUUCUGGCGGACAUACUAGGCGUCGUGCUCCGCUUCCUGCCCUCCCUCGCCGAUCGCGCCUCCGUGCGGUCCGUGUGUCGACACUGGCGUGACGCCACGCACGGGCACAGCCUGCCGCCGCCGUUACCACUGCUCGUGCUCCCCAGGUUCAGGUUCUUCAGCUUUUCCACCCAUGGGGGAAUUGUCGCCAUGCGCCGCGCGUGGAUGCCUGAGGAGGUGGCCACCGGCCAUGUCGGUUGUGUGGGAUCUUCCGAAGGGUGGCUUCUAGUGGCGAGGCCCUGCGAAGAUGCCGCCGUCCGCGAGCGCUUCCUGGUGAAUGCGUUCUCCCACGAGGUCGUCUGUCUACCCCGCCUGCGUGCUCCCUACUGCACCACCUCCGGUGAGCUCCCCUGGACUGCCAACGAUGACCCCGACCCCAUGUAUUCAAGGUCACUCGACCAUGUCGUGCUAUCUGCUCCGCCUGGCUCGGCGACCAAGUGCAUAGUGGCAGGCUUCUCGUACCGUCUACCAAUCGCCGGGCUCUCAGACUGGCGUGGCUUGCCUGGGAUUACGCUGUGGCAGCCUGGGAUGAAGACAUGGUACGUCUACCAAUCUCGCUGGGUUGACUGGUUGAGUGACCUUGUGUUCCACCAGGGGGAACUGUACAUGCUCCACAGGUCCUGGUACGCCGACCAAUCGCCAUGGCUCUUCGCUUUGACGCUCGGGGAAGAUGAACAUGGGGUCGAUGUCUCUCACCUUGAGGGUCCAAUGACUAUGCCACCGUUCCCCCGGCCUGCCCCUCUGCACUGGGUAGCAAGGUGUGCAACGGCGUGGCGGCCUGGUGGUGAUCAUAAGAUACGUCGAACCUUACAUAUCGUUGUUCCAAACCGAGAAGGUUGA